AUGCGUAGCUCUCUGUUGCGGUGCGACGCGCCGGUGCGGGGCGCAGCCUGCCCGCACGCCCGCGCCGGGCGCGGCGCGUGUGCGGUGAAUGGUUUGCGGCCGCGGGCGGGCGCGUUCGCGGGCUUGCCGCGCGUGUGCGCGCCCCCGUUUGGCGCUCCGCGGCUUGGCCACUGCGUGCGGUUUUCGGAGCAUGACGAGCGGUCGGCGAGGGCGAAGCCCGGAAACGAGGACAUCGGCCCGAAAGACGUGAUCGUGGUGGGCUGGAGCGUCGAGGGGGCUCUGGCGGCGCUCGCGCUGGCGAAGCAAGGGUUCCACGUGGACGUCUACGACGCACACGCCUCGCCAAGGGAUCCAGCUCCGCGCGUCAACCGCUUCACCGGCCCGUCUGCCGUCGUGCUCAACGGCCGCGCCCUCGAGGCGAUCGAGAGCCUCGGCGCGACGCUCCCGGACGAGAAGGUGGCCAUCAAGGGCGGCGUAUGGCAUCGCGGUCGCGGCGCGGUGCAACUGCCCGUGACCGACGGCGCGAUGUGCGCCGUCGACCGCCGCCAGCUCAUCCUGCACUGGAUGGACGAGAUCGACGCGCUCCCCGUCGGCGCCGGCAAGGUCGAGUACCACUGGGGCCACCGCAUGGAGUUCCUGAACACGGAGCGCGAGCAGGCGGUGUUCGUGGAGGCCGGGGAGGUGCGCGACGUGCUCAAUGUGCCGUACCGGCUGCUGAUCGGCGCCGACGGCGCGCGGUCCGCCGUGCGGCGGUGCUUGAACGACCAGGUCGACGGCUUCAUCUGCGAGCAGACGACGGGGAAGCUCAGGUACUACCGCGUGCGGCUGGAGGGCGAGGGGCACCGCAUGGGCCACGUCAGGAAGGGAUGGGACGAGCGCGUGCACACUUGGGCGGGGCUGGUGCGCGUGCCGAUGGCCACGCAGCCCGCGACGGUGCACGUGCAGGCCGUGCCGGGGUGCGACGGCGCGGCGUACGUCACCGUCGGGGUCCCCGAGCGCCUCGUCAAGGGGUAUGAGUGGAAGACUGACAAGGCGCUGACCGACGCCCUGACGGAGGGGCUCAGGGACUUCCCGCGGGAGUGGGCUGAGGCGGUGACGGUGGAGAUUCGAGACAAGAAGCGCUGGACCGAGUUCCGCGAGGGGUCCUCCACGCGGUGCACGCUAUACAACGGCCCGCGCGCUGCCGUGGUGGGCGACGCAGCCCACUCGAUGGCGCCCUCGCUGCUGCUCGGCGCCUCCGCGGCCGUCCAGGGCGUCGCGAUCCUCGUCGAGGAGCUCGCGAAGCUGCCCCGGUCCGUGCCGUCCAUGGCGCACUCGUCCGACCGCUCCGAGGCCCUCGCGGCGCCGGGCGGAGAGGCCGUAAACACCGCCCUGGAGGCAUACACCAAGCGGUGGCGCCACGACGCGUUCUCCGCCGUCGACAUGUCGGAGCAGCUCUUCUCGGACCUGCGCACGGUCGUCGCGAAGGGCCGCGUCGCCGACCGCUUCAAGGGGGGACAGAACAAGCGCAAGAUCGAGCGCCUGACAGGGGUGGAGAACUUUGCUCUUCUACUGGCCUCGCGGAUCCUGCCGUUCGUGUUCCGGCCCCCGGGGGUCUGGCGCGCCGCGAACACGCGCGAGAGGUACUCGGACAUCUUCCGCGACAUGCGUAGGGAGCGACAGGCGGCCACGGGGGCGCUGGCGCUGCUCGCGGCACUCGCAGCGACUGCGGCGGCGCUCACCCUGCGCCUCGCGCGCGCGGCGUUCGCUGCGUGA